AUGCAGUUGCACGACCAUAUGAAGUAUGUAGACAUGGGCUGCAAGAUGGCAUGUAUACCAAGAUAUCAAUGGAAAGGACGUCCUACUGAAAGAAUGUUGUACGCCUCGGAGCGAAGGAUUGUGUUCCUUCUUGGAACCAUUUGCCAGAUAUUCCAGAUUGCUGGUGUGCUGAUCUAUUGGUAUUGCAAUGGCCGGAUGGCCAAGGAUACGGGCACCUUUGUGGCACAAUUGUCGGAAAUGUGCAGUUCGUUUACCUUAACAUUUGUGGGAAUCUGUAACGUAUAUGCGCUGUUGGUAAACCGCAAUCAGAUCGAAACUUUGCUCGAGGAGCUGGAGGAGUUAUAUCCGAGAUCCAGGAGCAAACACUAUCGGUGUCAGCACUACUUUGACAUGGCCAUGGCAAUAAUGAGAAUUGAGUUCCUUUUCUACAUGUUCUUCUACGUGUACUACAAUAGUGCGCCAGUAUUGUUGCUCCUUUGGGAGCACUUUCACGAGGGAUAUGAUCUCAGUUACAAGACGCAGACCAACACUUGGUUUCCAUGGCAAGUUCAUGGGUCGGCAUUUGGAUUUGCCAUGGCUGUACUAAGCAUAAUCCUGGCUUCGUUUGUUGCCAUUGGAUUCAGUAUUGUCACCCAGAAUCUUGUCUGCCUAUUUGCCUUUCAAUUGAAAUUGCACUACGAUGGAAUAUCCAGUCAGUUAGCAUCCCUCGAUUGCCGUCAGCCUGGUGCCCAUCAGGAAUUGAGGAUUCUGAUCGCCUACCACUGCCGAAUCCUUCAGCUGGGCGACCAAGUCAAUAACAUUUUGAAUUUUGUAUUCGGCGCCAGCCUCGUCGGUGCUACUAUCGCUAUUUGUAUGUCUAGUAUUUCUAUUCUGCUACUGGACUUUGCAUCUGCCUGCAAGUAUGUCAGUAACCUAGUGGCAUUCGUCCUUUACAACUUCGUCAUCUGCUACAUGGGAACCGAGGUCUCUUCAGCUAUGCAGUUGGAAGACUUUAUGCGGUACCAGGACCUCGUGUGUCAAGCUUCCCAACUUCCCAGAUACUGGUGGAAAGGCAGACGAUCAUUGGAAGUCAAACCCAACUGGGCAAAACGCCUUAUCUUCUGGUUUGGGGCCGUAAAUUUGAUUUAUCACAAUUUUGGAUGCGUGAUGUUUGGAUAUUUCGUUGACGGCAGAAUAGAAGAUUCGAUUGAAUACUUAGCAGAAUUGGCAUCCGUGGGCAGCAUGAUUGGAUUUACCAUUGUGGGCAGCCUCAACUUGUGGAAGAUGCUGAGCCUUAAGUCUCACUUUGAGAACUUACUGGAUGAAUUCGAGGAAUUAUUUCAAUUGACCAAAGACAGAUCGUAUCGCACACAUCACUAUCACGAGGAGUAUACGCGUCAUAUAAGAAAUGCGUUUAUUUUCCAUAGCGCUGCCAUUGUCUACUACAACUCACUACCAAUUAUACUCUUGAUUCGAGAACAUUUGUCGAACUCACAGCAGAUGAGCUAUAGGAUUCAGAGUAGUACCUGGUAUCCCUGGCCGAUUCAGGGAUCAAUUCCUGGAUUUCUUGCUGCGGUCGUCUGUCAAAUGUUUUCGUGCAUUAUCAAUAUGUGCGUCAACAUGUUUAUCCCGUUUCUGGUAAACUUUUUUGGUAUCCAGCUAGAAAUUCACUUUGAUGGUUUGGCCCGGCAGCUGGAGUCCAUAGAUGCUCGUCAUCCCAAUGCCAAGAAUCAACUAAAGUAUCUGAUAGUUUAUCAUACAAAAUUGCUUAAUCUGGCCGAAAGAGUGAAUCAAUCCUUUGACUUCACGUUUUUUAUAAGUCUAUCGGUAUCUAUGAUAUCCACAUGUUUCCUGGCUAUUUCCAUGACCAUGUUCGACUUUGGCACGUCCCUAAAACAUUUGCUCGGAAUUUUGUUGUUCAUCACGUAUAAUUUUUUAAUGUGCCGCAGUGGUACGCACUUGAUUUUAAAGAGUGGCAAAGUAUUACCAGCAGCCUUUUAUAACAAUUGGUAUGAGGGCGAUCUUGCUUAUCGAAGGAUGCUUCUCAUCCUGAUGAUGCGUGCUACAAAACCUUAUAUGUGGAGAACUUACAAGUUGGCACCAGUAUCUAUUACUACCUAUAUGGCAACAUUGAAGUUUUCAUAUCAAAUGUUUACCUGUGUGCGCUCCUUGAAAUAA